ACACUUUAAUAUUAAAACCCAUUAUUUUAUUCACCCAUAAUAAAAUCUUGGCUUGACCCUUGUUGGGUUUUUUUGUCUUGGUGGUUGAAGCUUGUUUAAUUAUAUAAAAUAUUAUUCUCACUCGUGAAAAUUUUAAUUUUGUGCCUUUUCCACCUCUUUUUACACUGAAAAUCUUUAAUUUUAUCGCCCAUUUCUUGUUCUUUUGCUUAAAGGUUGAAUCUUUUAAGUGUUUCUUUGUGGUUUUGAGGGACUGUGAAUCAAGGCCUUUGAUAAACAUUGCAUUGAUCUUGAGGAUACCCUUUUCUUGAUUUUGUGUGUGUUGUAUAUAGUGGGUUUGAUUUUGAUUUUGAUUUAAAUCUAGGGUUUUGUAUUUUCUUGAUUUGGGUUGGCUAUGAUUUGUGUAGAUGGUAAUGGGUUAGAUUUGGUUUUAUUAGAUAUGGUGAUUUUGAAAUGAGGAUUGAAAUGGAGGUUAGAUCAGAGAGUGUACAAUUAAGGUGUGAUAAGUUACCUGGGCAAGUGAUUCCUAAGACCAGAUUACAAGUUUGGUUUAUUAGGAUUUGUUCAAGUAUUGUGAUUUGGACCUGUUUGGUUCAGAUUGUGACUGUUGGGGAGCUUUGGCAUCCACAUUUGUUGUCUGGGUUGUUGAAUCAUUCAGAUGGGUCUUCCAAAGUAUUUAAAGAGAAGAAGGCGGUUCAGUUGUUGCCUCCGCUUCCACCUGCAAGGAACUACACUAGUAAUGGUUUUCUCAAAGUUUCAUGCAAUGGCGGUUUAAAUCAGAUGCGUGCUGCGAUAUGUGACAUGGUGACAGUUGCUCGAAUGUUAAACCUUACGUUGGUUGUUCCAGAACUUGAUAAGACAUCUUUCUGGGCUGAUCCGAGUGAUUUUGAGGACAUAUUUGAUGUGAGGCACUUCAUUGAUUCAUUGAGAGAUGAAAUAAGAAUCAUUAAAAGGUUACCGAAAAGGUUUACAAGAAAAUAUGGUUAUCAGCCACUGGAAAUGCCUCCUGUUAGCUGGUCGAGUGAAAAAUACUACAUGGAACAGAUCCUGCCCCUUUUUGGUAAACACAAGGUGAUACAUUUUAACCGGACGGAUACACGUUUGGCGAACAAUAUGAUCCCCCUUGAUCUUCAGAAACUCAGGUGCCGUGUCAAUUUCCAGGCACUGAGAUUCACUCCGCAAAUUGAGGCUUUAGGACAGAAGUUAGUUCAUAUUCUUAAAGACAGAGGGCCAUUUAUAGCAUUGCAUCUAAGAUAUGAGAUGGAUAUGCUGGCUUUCUCUGGUUGUACGCAUGGCUGUACAGAGCAGGAAGCUGAAGAGCUUAAACAGCUAAGGUAUGCAUUUCCUUGGUGGAGGGAGAAAGAUAUUGUUUCUGAAGAGAGGAGAAUGCAAGGUCUCUGUCCUCUUACACCGGAGGAGACAGAUCUGGUGCUGCGUGCAUUAGAUUUUGACAAGGACAUUCAAAUAUAUAUUGCAUCUGGGGAGAUUUAUGGCAGUGAAAGGAGACUUGCAGCAUUACGAGCUUCAUUCCCACGUAUUGUAAAGAAAGAAAAGCUGCUGGAUCCUGAUGAUCUGCGGCAAUUUCAAAAUCAUUCAUCACAAAUGGCUGCGCUGGACUUCAUAGUUUCAGUUGCCAGUAGUGUUUUUAUUCCAACUUAUGAUGGCAACAUGGCAAAGCUAGUGGAAGGUCACCGCAGGUAUCUUGGUUUCCGAAAGACAGUCCAACUAGAUCGCAGAAAACUUGUGGAAUUGAUUGACUUACAUCACAAUGGAUCGCUUUCAUGGGACCAAUUUUCUUUUUCCCUGAGAUCUACACAUGAAAAAAGAAUGGGACAGCCCGCUUUUCGUAAAGUUGACAUAGACAAGCCCAAAGAAGAAGAUUAUUUUUAUGCAAACCCCUACGAGUGUUUCUGUGACAGACCAAGUUGUGAUGAUUUAUUAGUUGCUGGAAAUAGGACUGAAGUUUUACAAUGAGGCAGAUCGAUCAAGUUGAUAAAGCUUACUGACAUGGUCAUCGGUUUAUAUAUCUGGACCAUGCAUAUUUACUAUAGGUAAGAUGCCACGGUUUUUUUUGCUUAGAGAAUCUUUUCCUAGCCUAAUCACACGGGUAAAGAGCUUUGAAGCAUCGGGAACCAAAGGGGCCUGAAGAAUUAAGAAUGGAGUCCGAAUAGACAACUUUUGCACCUGACAAGCUUCGCUGAAAACAGCUAGAAGAAUACUGUCCUCCUGGGCAUCUAUAUACCGUUUUGUUCAUUCUUUUUGUUUAUAUGUUGUUUGCUUUCCUUUUUUGUUUUCUCAGUGUCAUACAGUUUUACAGUUAUCUAAAGAAUGCAAUAUCAAUAAUACUUUUACCCAGA